AUGAUGAAUUCUAUAGAAUAUAUUGAUAUUGUUAUUGUUGGCGCUGGUUUUACUGGUCUUUCAGCUGCGAAAUACUUCUUGUCGAAAUCAAUUAAAUCUGUAAUAAUUGAAGGUCGAUCACGUCUUGGUGGUAGAACAUUAACUAAGAAAAUAUGUGAUGAUGAUGAUGAUAAUAAUCACUUAAUAAUUGAUUUAGGUGGACAAUGGAUUACAGAAAAUCAAAAGAGAAUCUUUUCUUUUAUUAGAGAAUAUAGUAUUGAUUUAAUUGAACAAACGUGGUUUAAUGAAAAUCCAAAUUAUUUAGGUCAAUUAAUUGGUUUAAAACCUUUAAAUAAUGAACAAUUAGAUAUAAUUAAUCAAAUUUACAAUCAAUGGGAUAGUAUGGCUUUAGAAUUUGAAAACGUAGAAAAUGCAUUAUUAUAUGAAAAAUCUUCACAAUGGGAUAAAAUUUCUUUAAAAACAUUUAUUGAACAAAAUGAACUAGUUAAUGAUUUAAGAAUCAAGCAAGAAUUAAAACUUCAAAUAUUAACAUUAACAGCAUGUGAUUGUGAAAAUGUUUCAUUAUUAUAUUGGUUAAUAUUUAUUCGUUCAAUACCUGGUGGAUUAAAGACACUUGAUGAUGGUUUCAAUGGCGCACAACAAUAUAAAAUAAAAUAUGGAACUGAAAGUCUUUGUUUAAAAUUAGCUAAUAACCAAGAGAUUCGUUUUAACGAACAACUUAUAUCAGUUGAUUAUAGUUUAAAUGAUAAAAUUCUUUUAAAAUUUAAUUCAAAUAAACAAAUAAUAUGUCAACGUCUUCUUCUUGCAUUUUCAUCAACAUUAAUUUCACCAAUAAAAUUUAUUCCAAAUAUCGAAUUAGAUUAUUUAUCUUCUUCAAUGAUAGCGGGGCAAUGUAUUAAAACAAUAUUUAUUUAUUCUAAACCUUAUUGGAAAGAUAGAAAAAUAAAUCAGUCGAAUAAACAAGGACCUUGUUCAAAUAUAUUUGAAUUAAAAAAUCCACAUGGACUUAUUGGAUUAAUAUUAGGAAAUGACUGUUCGUUAUGGCUGAAUAAAAAUGAAAAUGAACUUAUUCAAUCAAUUAUUGAACAAUAUCAGUUACUUUAUAACAUUAAUGAAAAGCCAUUAAAAACAUUUAUACAAUAUUGGCCAAAAGAAAGUUUAAGUAAAGGUUGUUAUGCUGCUAUUUAUUCGCCAAGUUUAUCUUCGAAAUGGUUUCAUAGAAAUCAAUCGUUGAUCAAUAACAGAAUCUGGUUAGCUAGUACUGAAAGUGCUUUAGAAUGGAUAACUUAUAUUGAAGGCGCUAUUGAAGCUGGACAAAGAUUUGCACAAUACAUUAUUAAUUCACUUUAA